ACAAUACAUAUAGGUAGGUACAGUACCUUAGGAUUACCCCUCAAACCGGUCUAUUGGCCCCAACCCCGAGACGGAGCUGCCCCGCCGUCAGUCGCAAAAGUUUUUGACCGACGAAAUCGGCCAGUCGAUAGUAUGAAUCAUCUGAGGGCGUGUGAUUCAUCAAGCGAAGUUGAUAGCAUUUAACACGCAUUUGGGCCGCAUUUCCUGCCUGCGUCACGACCAACUCUCUAUUGAUUCCGAUCUGACACCAUUUACGGGUAUAAUUGAAAUCACAGCCUCCGAAGAAAUCUGACGUAACGCUAUCCAUCAAAAUCCAAAGGCCCUAUCUUCGUACGCACUUCCUGAAAUACGGUUGCCUAUCCGCCUGCCUCCGUGCGUUGAUUUCGAUAUGCCGAUGCUGAAAGAUCCUUCGAAGAAAUACAAGGCUUUCAAGCCGAUCAAAUUGGAGAAUCGCCAAUGGCCAUCCAAAACACUAAAUCAGGCGCCGCGUUGGCUUGCCACUGAUUUGCGAGAUGGCAACCAGAGCUUGGUCGACCCUAUGGACGGUGAUCAGAAAUGGCACUACUUCAAAAUGCUUGUGGAGCUGGGAUAUAAAGAGAUUGAAGUUUCUUUCCCUUCUGCCUCCCAGACCGAUUUCGACUUUACGAGGCGCAUAGUGGAAACUCCCGGCGUUGUUCCUGACGAUGUCUGGCUACAAGUUCUUUCCCCUUGCAGAGAGGACCUGAUUCGCAGGACAGUCGAGUCUCUAAAGGGCGCGAAGAAAGCAAUUCUUCACAUCUAUUUGGCAACAAGUGAUUGUUUCCGUAGAGUUGUCUUUGGUUUUACUCAGGAAGAGAGCAUAGAAUUGGCGGUUCGAUGCGCAAAGCUUAGCAGAGCCUUGACGAAGGACAACCCGGAACAUCACGCAACGGAAUGGGCUUUCGAGUUCUCGCCGGAGACUUUCUCAGACACGGAUCCAGAAUUUGUUAUUAGGAUCUGUGAAGCUGUUAAAGCAGCAUGGGAACCAACUGAGGAAAAUCCAAUUAUUUUCAACCUCCCGGCCACCGUUGAGAUGGCAACGCCAAAUGUCUACGCAGACCAGAUCGAAUAUUUCUGCCGCAACAUGACGGAAAGGGAGAAGAUUUGUGUAUCCUUGCACCCUCACAAUGACCGUGGAUGUGCUGUUGCUGCGGCUGAGUUAGCUCAAAUGGCUGGCGCCGAUCGUGUUGAAGGCACUCUGUUUGGUAAUGGAGAAAGAACUGGAAAUGUAGACCUUGUUACUCUUGGUCUAAACUUAUAUACGCAGGGUAUAUAUCCGAACAUUGAUUUCUCGAACCUCAAUUCCGUCAUCAACGUCGUUGAGGAGUGCACCAAGAUACCAGUGCAUCCGAGGGCCCCUUAUGGAGGUCAACUUGUCGUUUGCGCUUUCAGUGGCUCGCAUCAAGACGCGAUCAAAAAGGGGUUCCAAGCUCGCAAAGAAGGCGGCGCUAAUGAUGAGGACCAUUGGCAGAUGCCUUAUCUUCCACUAGAUCCGCAGGAUAUCGGCCGAACUUACGAGGCCAUUAUUCGUGUCAAUUCGCAGAGUGGCAAAGGUGGUGUUGCUUGGAUAAUUUUACGCAGUCUUGAGCUCGACCUUCCUCGCGGGUUGCAAGUUGCGUUCUCCAAGGUCGUUCAAAAGGAAGCUGAUACAGUUGGAAGGGAACUUCUUCCGCGUGAAAUCCAAAAGCUUUUUGAGGACGCUUAUUACCUGAAAAGCAAUCCUCGAUUUACUUUGGUAGACUAUCAAAUUUCCACAGAGCGCUCCAAUUCUAUUCAGUCCGGCUCCCUCGGCAGUCAGCCUUUGAAGAGACACUUUUCUGGAAUUAUUGCCAUCGAUGGAAUUGAGCAUAGCAUCAAGGGCGUGGGAAACGGUGCUAUUUCGUCUCUUGCUAACGCUCUCCACACGCUUGGCAUUGACCUUGACGUGUCUGACUACAAGGAGCACGCAAUUGGCGAAGGCAGGGACGUGAAGGCUGCUACGUAUAUUGAGUGUACCAAUGCUGGCUCACCUGCGAAGGUGUGGGGAGUGGGUAUUCAUGAGGAUGUAGUACAGGCGUCUUUGAUUGCGUUGCUCUCAGCUGCGUCAUCGUUUCUUUCGAGCCAGCCAAACACCCCGGUUCCAUUCAGGCCGAAACGAUCCGAUGUAAAUGUCGAUUCGGACGUGUCGAAUCUGAAAUUAAACGGUGGUACUGCGUAGUGUCAGAACUUCCACUAUCUGUAUAUUUUUCCAUGCCUCAACGAUCUUAGAGACCGCUUAUUCAAAAGUCAUAAUUACGUCUUAUCAUCUAUGUUUUAGCACGUCAACCGGAACUUAAUCGAGUAACCAUGUCGUUCUGCCGGCGAUCUGGGUGGUUUCAUAUGAGUAUUUGUGUAAAACUUCGAGGGCUGUGAAAUGAGUAGAGAAAAUAGUAAUCUGCAAAUGAUUUGAUUGGAACUCUCUGGCGCAGUAAAGGAAAACACAGUAUGAUUAAGGUUUCGAAUUAAAUUCCUCAGCUCGCUUCCUCAACAAUUGGCCCGGCUACUUUACAAUUUGCUAUAUAUUCAGCAGCUGCUCGUAGAUUCUCCGCCGCACUCAAAGCUUUCGUGACCAGGGUCUCAUU